AUAUCCCUGGUCAUCUACCUGCUGUACCUGAAGCUGGGCAUAAGUGCGGUGAUUGGGGCCAUUGUGUGCAUUGUCAUUAUGACACCGUUGCAGUUCGUCAUCGGCCGAGCCAUGUCGAGGAAUGAGGAAAGGAUUGCGAAAUUCACGGAUGAACGAUUAAAGAAAAUCCAUGAUACAUUGAUAGGCAUAAAAAUAAUCAAGCUGAAUGCCUGGGACGAGGUUUUUCUCAGAAAAAUUCAAGCAGCUCGCGAAAAGGAGCUCAAAUAUCUGAAAAAGGAUGCCAUGUACUGGACGCUAAUGACCAUUUUGACCCACAUCUGCACUGUGCUGAUCACAUUUGUUACGCUGGCUGUUUAUGUUAAUCUGCCGCACGAAUCGCGCUCGAAUUUCGAUGCCAGCCAUCUGUUUGCUGCGCUGGCGCUGUUCCAGCAGCUGACGGUGCCGCUGCUGAUCUUUCCCAUAACGGUGCCCAUUAUCAUUGCCGCGCGGGUGUCCACACGCCGGCUGGAGCGCUUCCUGCACGCACCCGAGAUCCAGAAGCAAUUCGAGGGCAUACGCAAUAUGGCGCGCAUCCUCAGCAAGAGCGACGCCUCGCUGGACAUGUACGAGACGCAGGAGAAGUCGAAUAUGGCGCUGCGCACGGCCCAGGCGGAGAACCGGCUGAACGAGCAGCGACAGGCGCUGCGCAUUCGCAUACCCGAGACGCCGCCAUCGCCGGCACCGCUGGCUCAAUCGGAGCCCAUAACGCCGCUGCUGCUGGCGAGCAACGGCGAGGCCGUCGAGGAGAAAUCGCCGCCUCUGUUCGGCCACGAGCUGGGCCACCAGAAGCUGGUGCAGCAUCGCAAGGAACUGUUGCGCAACACGCCCUAUGUGGCCAUACGGCCGCCCAAACUGUUCGGCGGCCCCGUCGAGCGGCCCAUCGAGUUCUCGGUGGUGCGUGCCCGCAACACGGACAGCUGGCGGCGCGACUCUCUGCUGCUGAAGAUGCCCGACGACAUCGCCGUGUCCAUCAACGACGGCCUCUUCACCUGGCAGCCGCAGUGCCGGCUGCCCAAUGUCCAGCUGCACGUUCAGGAAAUGGCCAUACCCAAGGGCAAGCUGACCAUCAUUGUGGGCAAGACUGGCAGCGGCAAGACCUCGCUCCUGUCCGCCCUGCUCAUGGAGAUGCCGCUGCUGGCGGGGAAUAUGUUCUGGCACAAGUGAGUACAAGCUUGUA